AUGCGCGAGAAAAUGCUCAGAGAUGAGGUCGCAUACACCAUGACCAUCAAGUUGUGCAAGAGCAUAGAAAUCGUGGGCAUGGCCAAGACUGCUGGCUUUGACGGACUCUUCCUAGAAUGUGAGCAUUCAUCAAUGGAUCUUGAGUCGACAAGCCAGUUAUGUGUUGCGGCUCUGUAUUGCGGCAUCUCCCCUAUUGUUCGUGUCCCCAGCAAGGACCCCUGUUUUGUCUCAAGAGUCCUUGAUGGUGGCGCGCUCGGCGUUGUGGUACCUCAUAUCCGCUCAGUCCAAGACGCACAGGACGUUGUCAACGCUGCCAAGUUCCAGCCCAUUGGAUUCCGUUCAUCUACCAACGGCCUUCCCCAGCACAGCUUUCGUUCCAUCCCCGCAAAGCAAUCCAACCCUAUUACCAACGAAGCCACACUAGUCAUCCCCAUGAUCGAGACCCUUGAGGCUCUAGAACUAGUGGAUGAGAUUGCUGCGCUCCCUGGCGUUGACUCACUUCUCAUUGGCACAAACGACUUGACUGCUGAGAUGGGUAUCCCUGGAGAUUACGAGAACCCUCGCGUGACUGAGGCUUACGCCCGUACUAUUGCGGCCUGCCAAAAGCACGGAAAGUGGCUGGGUGUUGGAGGUCUUCAUGCCCGACUUGACCUUGUUGAGAAGUUUUGCAAGAUGGGAGCUCGCUGGGUUAUGGCUGCUACUGAUGGUCCUUUGCUUAUGGGAGCAGCCAGCAAGAGGGCGACUGAGAUGUCAGCCUUGAACGAGUCUGUCAAGGCAUCACAAACAAAUGGUGCUCCUGCCAAGAUCACGAAUGGAAACGGUACCAAGACUGUUACAAAUGGAAUCACCAAUGGGCUCAAGAAUGGAGCUACCAACGGCGUGGCAGUGACAGCGUAG